UCAGAGAUCUGCUCAAGCCGAGAGAGGGACAACUGUAGCUGGUGUUUUGAAAAGAGCCCCAGCGCCGAGCUGUUUAUUUUGGGUUAGUUGUUUAUUUAAAACACGGCCAUUUGGGAAGGCGGUGUGUUUAUGAGCUGUUUGGGUUUGAAGCCGAGUCGGAAUGUACCGGAGAGGAGCGAGUAAAACGGACAAGCCGCCGAAGGAGGAGAGCGCGGGCAGCAAGUACGCCGAGCUGCUGGUGUUCGGCUACGCGUGCAAGCUCUUCCGGGAUGAUGAGAGGGCCGCGUUCCACGAGCACGGCAAACACCUCAUCCCCUGGAUGGGAGACAGCAAGCUCAUGAUCGAUAGAUACGACGGCCGCGGUCAUUUACAUGACCUUUCGGAGUAUGACGCAGGCUCGUGGAACCAGAACUACCAGCUUUCUGAAGAAGAAGCAAGGAUCGAGGCACUGUGUGAUGAAGAGAGAUACCUGGCCUUGCACACGGACCUGCUGGAAGAGGAAGCCAGGCAAGAAGAGGAAUAUAAAAGGCUUAGCGAGGCUUUGGCUGAUGAAGGUUCCUACAACGCAGUGGCUUUCCGCUACAGUGCUGAUUACUACGACCCCUCGCAACCCACUGAGGAAGAGGAUGGCAACAAAGACAAGGAGCCCGAGCCUCAGGAAGAAGACGGUGAAGAGCCGUUCGUAGCACCCCCUGGAUUGAUCAUCCCCUCCGAUGUCGAGCUGCCUGCGACCAUUAAGACCCACGCCAUCAUUGAGCGCACUGCGAACUUUGUGUGCAAGCAAGGGGCCCAGUUCGAGAUCGUUCUGAAGGCGAAGCAGGCCGGGAACUCGCAGUUCGACUUCCUGCGUUUCGACCAUUACCUAAACCCCUACUACAAACACAUCCUUCGAGCCAUGAAGGAGGGACGAUACACAGCUGCCUCCGAAAGCAAGCAGGACCAGACUCGGGAAUCCAAAUCAGGAAAUUGUAAGGAGGCGGAGGAGGAAGAUGAUGAUGACGACGAUGACGAUGACGAAGAUGGCAAUUACCUCCAUCCCAGUUUGUUUGCUACGAAGAAGAGCUCACGUCUAGAGGAGAUAAUGAAGCCCCUGCAGGUCAUGGACCCAGACCAUCCGUUGGCUGCACUAAUUCGCAAAGCCCAGCAGGAGAAGAAUGGAAAUAUAGCCAUCACCACCAAGCCUGAGGAAGAGGUAGCAGCACAAGUACCAUCAACAGAGUACACCACUGAUCCAAACAUGGCAGCGCUGUAUUAUGGGUACUGCAUGCUGCCUGAUGGGACAUACUGCCUGGCACCACCACCACCUGGCAUUGACGCCAGCACCUAUUACAGCUCGAUGCCUGCUGGCAUGAUACCCGCUCACUCUGCGUCCCCAGCUCCUCCACCGCCAGGCACGACACCUCCUCCUGACUCUACUCUUACAGACCAAUCAGCUCCAACAGCUGCCGCCGCCGCUGCCGCUGCUCUACCCCCAGCGUCUGCUCCCGUAUCUCACGCUACACCAUCUGCUUUCUACACCACGAGCUCUUCCACCCCUCAAGCGAGCGUUAGCCAGCCUUCUUCUUCUUCAGCUACAGCGAUCAUCCCUCCGCCGCCAGACAUCCAGCCUGUCAUAGAUAAGCUGGCUGAAUAUGUAGCCAGAAACGGAGUGAAGUUUGAGAGCAGCGUGCGUGCUAAAAAUGACCCACGGUUUGACUUCCUGCAGUCUUGGCACCAGUACAACACUUACUAUGAAUUCAAGAAGCACUACUUCAUUCAGAAAGAAGCCUCAAACCUGCCUCAGGGCUCUGCAGUCCAUAAGGAUGGCAGCACUGCAAACGGUUCCUCUGAGAAAGAGUCAAAUGAGGGCAAACUCAUUAAAGCAUCCUUUGCCCCCAUCUGCUUUGCUAUAAAGUCCAAAGAGAACGACAUGCUGCCUCUGGAGAAGAACCGUGUGCGUCUGGACGAUGACUCCGAUGAGGACAGGGGGAGGGAGGAAGAGCAGGAAGGGGUGGACCAGAGCAUGGCUGGAGUGGAGCAACAAAGCGAACCGCCUCCUCCACAGCCUGAAGAGAAAAAGCCCACGCUUUCUCAGGAAGAGCUGGAGGCCAAGCAAGCCAAGCAGAAGCUCGAGGACCGUUUGGCAGCUGCAGCACGCGAGAAGCUGGCUCAGGCCUCCAAAGAGUGCAAGGAGAAGCAGCUGCAGGCUGAGCGCAAGCGGAAAGCUGCUCUGUUUCUGCAGGCACUGCGUGGUCCCGAGGUUGAGCCCAGGCGAGCCGACGAGCCCUUUGUUCCUGCUGAGCCAGAAGUGUCCACCCUUCCAGCUGAGCCCGUCAUCCAGGUGCCGCUCUCCGAAUACCCGCCUCCGGACACAUCCAUGAGGAGCGUCGAUCCCCCUGCCAUCACCCUGCCACUCUGUUCUUCCUCCACCUCCUCCUCGACUCGAGAGCGGGACAGAAAUAGAGACAGAGACAAGAAAAAGAAAAAACACAAAAGAAGAUCUCGAUCCAGGUCGCGUUCCAGAUCCAAAACCAAGCAUUCACUACCGAGCGCAUACCGCAGCUACAAGAGGUCGAGAUCCCAAUCCCAUUCUCCGAGCAAGAGAGAGCGGCGUCGUGAGGAAAGAGAAAGGGAGAGAGAGCGCUACGGAGGCAGCGCCUAUCGCCUUGGAAACAGCCCAGGCCUGGGCAGGAAGCGCUCAAGGUCCAGAUCCAGAUCGCCCCGUGAAAGGAGGAAGAAAUCGUCAUCAAAAUCGGUGCAUCGCUCAAAGGCUUCCUCCAAUUCACCCCCAGCCUCAUCAGACAGGGGUAGAGCAAGCAGGAAAGUCUCCACCCACACUGCUAGCUCCUCCCCUACAUCCAGCCCUACAUCAAGCUUAAGGAGCUCCAGGGACGCAUCACAGGAAAAAGACAAGCAGGUCUCGUCGACGAUUAUUUCUUCAGUUCAAACCAAAAUCACUCAGGACCUCAUGGCUAAAGUACGAGCAAUGCUGGCCAAAGGCCUGCAGCCCAACCCGUCCUGAGAAAUGUGAAAAGAGGCAGAACGACGACUGAGCCAGCCACCACCGUCACCUGCAUCAGCACCAUUCAGGACUGCAAUGCAGCGCUGUACUGAUGCGCUUUUAUCCCUUUACGCAUACUCUUAUGGAUCUUAUGUCUCCAAGAAUCAUUGGUGAUCCUCUUUAAUGUAAAAGAGCUCGAGGUUUGUGAUGAGCCAGGCAGCAUGCACGGUUUAUUGAUUGUGUGGGAUUGAGGUUUUCCCAUGUUUGUUUGAGGUUUUUUUUUUUUUCCGCAGGAGGUGCUAUUGUAAAAGAAAACAUCAAAGCUAGAAAGUUUAAAGGAACAGUCCACCGUAC